GGUCACAGCAACCCUGCCCAGCCCGCCGGAGCUCCGGGACUUCCCGGGCUAUGCCGGGGGUCGGGAAAAGGGAAGAGCGAAGAGCGAAGGCUCACUGCCACCUCUAGGCAAAGCCCAGCAUCGGCGCUCGCUCUAAACUGGAGCACGGGCAGACAAUCCUGGGAUUUGUCCCAAAUCGCCGCAGUGGCAGUGCCAGACCCCGCUCUCAGCUGCUGCGCGUGUGUGCGGUGUGUGCGCCGCUCCGCAGCUCCCAAAGCUUUGGUAUAAAUAUGUUCAGCCCUUCCUCUCGUCCGCGGGCUCUAAUCCCCUUCCGCACGCAUUUCCAGCCGCGGGGAAAGAGCAGCCCAGUAAGUCCCGAGCCGCGGAGAUUGUGUGUGUGAUCCGUGCCGAGGCCACGCGUUCCUAAGGAUCUUAGGGAGAGCCGAGCAUCCUGAGCGGCACAUCCCCGGCGGAUCCCCCCGGCUGGCAGCUCCGGCUGAGGGAUCCGGCUCCAGCUCCUCGGCACGCUCCCCAGACAGAGAUAAAGAAGCCCGCGCACCGUCGGCGGGGAUGCCGGUGAAGGGAGCCGGCUGCCUCCCCCUCUGUGCCCGGCGCGGGACCCGCGGCUGACUGGAAGCUGGAAUGUUUCCCACUCCGGGCGAUGCCCAGCCCCGCUCCUAGCCUGCCUUCCCAGGGGUGACAUUCCCGGUGUUCUGCUGUUCGGAGAGCAGUGCCGCCGAGCAUGCCGCAGGAAGCCCCUCGGCAGCCGAAGCCCAGGGCAGUUUUCCAGUGAGUCCAGCUCCACGAAAGCCAGAGUUGCCCCUUCCCACCCCGGCGUUGGGAAGCGCCUCGGACAGCGAAUUCCCCUGCGCCCAGCGGGUGUUGAGGUCCUGGAGAGCGGGCUGGAGGAGGGGGCUGCCAUGGAAGAGAAUGUGUUCAGCGUGCAGCAGAUCCAGCCCAACGUCAUCUCGGUGAGGCUCUUCAAGCGCAAGGUGGGCGGCCUCGGCUUCCUGGUGAAGGAGCGCGUCAGCAAACCUCCCGUCAUCAUCUCGGACCUGAUCCGGGGCGGGGCUGCCGAGCAGAGUGGCCUCAUCCAGGCUGGGGACAUCAUUUUAGCCGUCAAUGGCAGGCCCCUGGUGGACAUGAGCUAUGAGACGGCGCUGGAGAUCCUGAGAAGCAUCGCCUCCGAGACCUACGUGGUCCUCAUCCUGCGCGGCCCCGAGGGCUUCACCACUCACCUGGAGACCACUUUUACGGGCGACGGGACGCCCAAAACCGUCCGCGUCACCAGACCCCUGUGCCCCGCUCCCAAGGCGGUUGACUUGUCCAACCCAAGCGCUCCCAGCAAAGAGCAGCCGCUGCCAGCAGCCAUGGGAUCGCUGUGGAGCAGGGAAACGGGGAAGGACGGGGAGCCCGUGGUCCACGUUAACGGCCUCGUUCCCGGCAGCAAAGGGCCGGGAGCCGGCAAGGGCAAGGACGGGGCUUGUGGUCACUCCUGCCUCAACGGUGGCGUGGAAGACAACGAGCUGCUCAAAGAAAUCGAGCCCGUCCUGGACCUGCUGAAGAGCAGCAGUAAGGACAGCGAUGGAGAUGCGCCCUCCAAGGUAGAGACACGGGAUAUAGAAGUCCAGGUGGACUGUUUCAGGGAAGGGGAGAACAAUCCCCAGAAAGCUUUGCCGGCUCGGAUGGAGAACGAUCGUGUCCCGGGGGACCUGUGGGGGAAGAGCAACGUCCCCGUGGUCCUGAACAACCCCUGCUCUGAAGCACAGCAGCCGCCGCCGUCCGGGCGCCAGUCCCCGCCCAAGAACGCCCCCAACGGGAGCCCUUCCAAAUGCCCCCGCUUCGUGAAAAUCAAGAACUGGGAGACGGGCUCCGUGCUCCACGACACCCUGCACCUCAAGACUGCCAUGGCCACGGCGUGCACCGAGCAGAUCUGCAUGGGCUCCGUGAUGACCCCCAGCCCCCACAUCCGCAAGUCAGAGGACACCAGGAGCAAGGAGGAGGUGCUGCUCCUGGCCAAGGACUUCAUUGACCAGUACUACUCCUCCAUAAAGAGAUCCGGCUCCAAGGCCCACAUGGAGAGGCUGGAGGAGGUGACCAAGGAGAUUGAGGCCACUGACACCUACCAGCUGCGGGACACGGAGCUGAUCUACGGGGCCAAGCACGCCUGGAGGAACGCGGCGCGCUGCGUGGGCAGGAUCCAGUGGUCCAAGCUGCAGGUGUUCGAUGCCCGGGACUGCACCACGGCCCAUGGGAUGUUCAAUUACAUCUGCAACCACAUCAAGUAUGCCACCAACAAGGGGAACCUCAGGUCUGCCAUCACCAUCUUCCCGCAGCGCACGGACAGCAAGCACGACUUCCGCAUCUGGAACGCGCAGCUGAUCCGCUACGCCGGCUACAAACAGCCCGACGGCUCCGUGCUGGGCGACCCCGCCAACGUGGAGCUCACCGAGAUCUGCAUCCAGCAAGGCUGGAAGGCUCCGUACGGGCGCUUCGAUAUCCUGCCCCUGCUCCUCCAAGCCAACGGCAACGACCCUGAGCUCUUCGAAAUCCCGCCGGAGCUCGUGCUGGAAGUGCCCAUCCGGCACCCCAAGUUUGAGUGGUUUAAGGACCUGGGCCUGAAGUGGUACGGGCUGCCAGCCGUUUCCAACAUGCUCCUGGAGAUCGGGGGCUUGGAGUUCUCCGCCUGCCCCUUCAGCGGCUGGUACAUGGGCACGGAGAUCGGCGUCCGCGACUACUGCGACAGCUCCCGCUACAACAUCCUGGAGCAAGUGGCCAAGAAAAUGAACCUGGACAUGAGGAAAACGUCCUCGCUGUGGAAGGACCAGGCCCUGGUGGAGAUCAACAUCGCUGUGCUCUACAGCUUCCAGAGUGACAAGGUGACCAUCGUGGAUCACCACUCGGCCACAGAGUCCUUCAUCAAGCACAUGGAGAACGAGUACCGGUGCCGGGGGGGCUGUCCCGCCGACUGGGUGUGGAUUGUCCCGCCCAUGUCGGGCAGCAUCACCCCCGUCUUCCACCAGGAGAUGCUCAACUACCGCCUGACGCCCUCCUUUGAGUACCAGCCGGACCCCUGGAACACCCACGUCUGGAAAGGGGUCAAUGGGACUCCCACCAAGAAGAGGGCCAUUGGCUUUAAGAAGCUGGCAAAGGCUGUGAAGUUCUCAGCCAAGCUGAUGGGCCAAGCCAUGGCCAAGAGGGUCAAGGCCACCAUCCUGUACGCCACGGAAACGGGGAAGUCCCAGGUCUAUGCAAAAACCCUGUGUGAGAUCUUCAAACACGCCUUUGAUGCCAAGGUGAUGUCCAUGGACGAGUACGACGUGGUGCACCUGGAGCACGAGACCAUGGUCCUGGUGGUCACCAGCACCUUCGGCAACGGGGACCCCCCUGAGAACGGAGAGAAAUUUGGCUGUGCAUUAAUGGAGAUGAAGAAUCCCAACUCCAACCUGGAGGAGAGGAAGAGCUACAAGGUCCGGUUCAACAGCGUCUCCUCCUACUCGGACGCACGGAAAUCCUCCAGUGAUGGCCCCGACUCCAGGGACAACUUCGAGAGCACGGGGCCCCUGGCAAACGUCAGGUUCUCCGUGUUCGGGCUGGGCUCCAGGGCUUACCCCCACUUCUGCGCCUUCGCCCGCGCCGUGGACACGCUCCUGGAGGAGCUGGGGGGAGAGAGGAUCCUCCGCAUGGGAGAGGGGGAUGAGCUCUGUGGCCAGGAGGAAUCCUUCAGGACCUGGGCCAAGAAGGUCUUUAAGGCAGCGUGUGAUGUGUUCUGCGUGGGGGACGACGUCAACAUUGAGAAAGCCAACAACUCCCUGAUCAGCAACGACCGCAGCUGGAAGAGGAGCAAGUUCCGCCUGACUUACGUGGCUGAGGCCCCGGAGCUCACACAAGGACUGUACAGCAUCCACAAAAAACGCGUCUAUGCAGCCCGGCUCCUCACACGCCAGAACCUGCAGAGCCCCCAGUCCAGCCGCCUGACGAUUUUCCUGCGCCUGCACACCAACGGGCACCAGGAGCUGCAGUACCAGCCCGGGGACCACCUGGGCGUCUUCCCGGGCAACCACGAGGACUUGGUCAAUGCCCUCAUCGACAGGCUUGAGGAUGCCCCUCCGACCAACCAGCUGGUGAAGGUGGAGCUGCUGGAGGAGAGGAGCACGGCUCUAGGUGUCAUCAGUAACUGGACAGACGAGAACCGUGUCCCACCCUGCACCAUCUUCCAGGCCUUCAAGUACUACCUGGACAUCACCACCCCUCCCACCCCGCUGCUGCUGCAGCAGUUCGCUCUGCUGGCCACCAGUGACAAGGAGAAGAAACGUCUGCAGGUCCUCAGCAAGGGCUUGCAGGAGUACGAGGAGUGGAAGUGGUCCAAGAACCCCACGAUCGUGGAGGUGCUGGAGGAGUUCCCCUCGGUGCAGAUGCCCUCCACGCUGCUGCUCACCCAGCUGCCCCUCCUGCAGCCCCGCUACUACUCCAUCAGCUCGUCCCCAGAGAUGUACCCAGGGGAGGUGCACCUCACCGUGGCUGUGGUGUCCUACCGCACCCGAGAUGGAGAGGGACCAAUCCACCACGGAGUGUGCUCCUCGUGGCUCAGUCGGAUCCAGACGGAUGAAGUGGUGCCCUGCUUUGUGCGAGGUGCCCCCGGCUUCCACCUGCCCCAGGACCCCCAGGUGCCCUGCAUCCUCGUCGGCCCCGGCACCGGCAUCGCCCCUUUCCGCAGCUUCUGGCAGCAGCGGCUCUUCGACAUCCAGCACAAAGGGCUGAAGCCGUGCCCCAUGGUGCUGGUGUUUGGCUGCCGGCAGUCCAGGAUCGACCACAUCUACAAGGAGGAGACGCUCUUUGCCAAAAGCCAGGGAGUCUUCAGAGAGCUGUACACGGCCUAUUCCCGGGAACCCGACAAACCAAAGAAAUACGUGCAGGACGUGUUACAGGAGCAGCUGGCCCAGACUGUGUUCAGAGCCCUGAAGGAGCAGGGAGGCCACAUCUACGUCUGCGGGGAUGUCACCAUGGCCGGGGACGUCCUCAAGGCCGUGCAGCUCAUCGUGAGGCAGCAGGGCCAGCUGUCAGCAGAGGAGGCAGGAGCCUUCCUCAGCAAGCUGCGGGAUGACAGCCGGUACCACGAGGAUAUUUUUGGAGUCACCCUGCGCACGUACGAGGUGACAAACCGCCUUAGAUCCGAGUCCAUCGCCUUCAUCGAGGAGAGCAAAAAAGACACGGAUGAGGUUUUCUGCUCCUAACUGGACCCUUCACCCCCAGGGGAUGCCAAACCAGUCCCAGCAGCUGCUGCCUCCUCCAGCUGGAGGGCACUGGGUUUUGUAUGUCACGGACACGGUGGCUCCUUUCCCAGGGGACCUGCCCAAGGAAAGCGCUCUGUCUCUCGUCCUGUUGUUGUGUCCUGAUGAGAUGAUGAUGAUGAUGAUGAUGAUGAUUUUUAUUUCCUUUCCUUCCUCCUUCUCUUGCUCUUGUCCUGUGGCCAUUUCUUUUCACCUCCUUCCCUGGAUUUCCCCACUGGAGUUCGAUGGCUUUAUAACCUGCAGUGGCUCUUUUCAGAAUUCCACACUUCCCCUCCUUCCCGUGAGGGCAUUUUGCAGCUGCAUGAAAUCACCACCUUUGUGAUCAUUUUCGGGAGUUCCUGGGGGUGAGCAGAGGUGGCAGGGGCUGGGCAAUGAUGAGCUCUCGUUGCUUGUCCAGAGCUGGGGGCUGCUCCUGCCAGGCUCCCUCUUUCCCCAGCUCGGGGCUUGGCUGAAUCCUUGUGUUUUCAUGGCUUUUCUCUGGAUUUGGACAAACCUGGGCAUAUGCCUGAGGCUGGGGGCAGAUGAUGUGCAAUUCCCAUGAAUUUUAUUCGUCCCCAAGCAGCCUGGGUGCAGCUGUGUGGUUUUUGAUCUGAUUUAUGUGUCACGAUUCCUCCUAAACGGGCCCUGCUUUGUCUCCCUUCUCCUGCUCUCUUUUCCUGCUCCCUGUGAGCCUCUCCUUUUGCUCACUCCCAACUUUUCCUGGCAUGCAAGUUCUCCCACAAGCUCUGAGCACACAGGCUGAUGUGCAGGCCAAGGGAAAGCUCCUGGCAGUGACUUCUCCAGGGGGUUUUCCAGGGAAUAUUUGAUCUGCAGCCAUGCUGAGGGCUUGGCUGCACCCAGAGCUUUGCAUGCCCUGAUCCCUCUCCCAGGUGAGCCUGGAAAGCCACGAGGAUGGGACAGAAGCAGCUGCCAGAGGGAACAAAGGCAGCACUUGGAGGGGGAAGGAGGCUCCAGGUCUUUGUCAAGGAUGUGCCAACAGAGGAAUCAUGAAAUGCCAGAGCCAGCAGCUCUUAGCACAUCUCAUGAGCACUUCUGGGACAGCAGACCCCAGCCCUUUCCACAUUUUAGGGAGCAGAAAGUGCCACCGUGGAGCCACCUGCCUGCCAAGAGAGACGUGUGUGGCAUUUUGGGAGGUGAGGCAGGCCCCUCUGUGCCACCUGCCAGUGGCACGAGCUGUCUCAGCCAGGACAGCUCCUGUGAGAAGGGAGGUGAGAUCAGCUGCAAAGGUGCUGGGCUCUGACACGCUCACACCUCAGCCCUGCUGCAAGAACCUGGCCCCAAAAGCAACUUAACACAACCACAGAAAGGCUGGAGGAAACAGAAAGCCUCUAUCAGAGAAAAGCUGUCUGCAAGGGAAAGCAAACACGACCUUGUGUGUCCUUCCUGCUGCUGCACCCUGGAGAAUCACAGAACAUUCUGAACGGGAAGGGACCCACAAGGAUCCAGCCCAGCUCCUGAGCGAAUGGCCCAUGCAGGGGCUCUGCCCAUCCCACGUUUGUCCUCCCUCACUGCCACCACAAGGACAGCAGGACGUGGCUGCAGCUCUUGCUGGGGGCAGGGAUGCAGGGCUGGCAUCUUGAGGUGGCAGCUGCUGAUCCUCCCCUGCUGCCCUGCUCUGCCCAGCUGUGCGCGGAUCCUGGACGGAGCUGCUGACGGCACAGGGAUUGCCCGGGAGCUUUCACAGGGCUCAGAUCACCUGCCCUGAGCUAAAGGCAGCACAGAAAGGGCUGCAGGAGCUCUGCUGCUCUCCCAGCCCUUGGAACAAGCCCCACCAUCCCAGGCUGUGCUGUUAUUCCCACCCUCAGCCAGGAUCUCCUGCCCUCUCCUGCCGCGUCUCCACGGGCUGUGACACCGUCUGCAACUUCAACUCCCUGAAUCCCUGAAGCACCUGCAGCCCAAAAUCCAGGAGCAAAAGGGCUCCGGGCACCGGGAGAAUUUGAGAUCCAGGUCUGCUGGUGCCAGCUGAGCAUCCAACACGGGAUAAAACGAAUAAAUGCUGCCACGGUGUGGCCGGAGCUGAGCCGGCAGGGCUGGCAGGGCUGGGACGCGCGGCCGGCUGGGUGGCACUGCCUCGGCACUUGGGGACCUGGAGGGGAAAGCUGGAGAGCACGGAGCAAAGGACAGCCCACCCCAGUGCCAGGGCGGGCAGUGGGAUGGGGAGCUGGGCCCCUUGGCUUGGGAUGUGUGAGUUUGGGAGAGGUCCUGUCUGGGAGAAAACUCCCUGCCUCCAGAGCUGGGAACUCGCAGCAAGCUUGGCCUUGACCCCCAUCCUGGGGCUGUGGAAACAAAGCUAAAAUCAGAAAGAAAAUCAGUCAUCCUCUUCUUUUGGGAAAUUCUGGCUCCUGCUUUGUGCUCUGGUCCUCCUUUAGAAGAAGGGAAGAUGCAACCUGACAAGGAGGAGGAGGAGGAGGAGGAGGUAAUGCCCAAAGAAACACCUCUUCGUCCUCUUCCCAGUUCCCACCGUGGUGCUGGCAAGGUUCCCCCUGUCCUGCCUCCUGCCUGCCCUGCUGUACCACCUCCCACCUGCAGCCCGUCCUGAGCUGGAUUAUCCUGCUUGUGGUGCAUCCCAAAGCUCCCAGGGGAGCCAGCAGGGCAGCACAGCCCUCCUGCCAGGGGUCUGCAGAGGGUCUGGGCCAGGCAGGCAGAGCUCAGCAAACACCUGAGCCUGAGCCCUUGGAGGAGAAAUGCUGGUUUAAGGUUCCUUGCCUGGACCUGGAGCAGAAAUCCCCUCCCUGCCAUGAAGGUGCACGAGGUUAAAGACCCCCAGGGCUCCGAGCUGCCUCUGCUGCUGCUGGCUCCUCACCAGCUACACCACUGGGAAUUUUGAUUCACUCUUUGCUGUUGAGUCAGUCUCAGACGUCUGCACUGCUCCCCUUCAUCCCCUCCACCUGCAGGGGCUUCACACUCCCCUCGAGCUCCAUUUUCUCCCAUAGCAACAGGGGAAAGAAACUUGUGGAUGUGCUUUAUUAUUCCUGAAAUGUGGCUCUUCCAGCCUGGCCUCUGCUGGUCUCCCUGUGGCCUUUCUGACGUGCAGCUGUAGCCACAGAAUCUCUGCUAUGAGCACAGGGGGAGGUGGGUCUGCCCCAGCCCGGGGCCCUGAGCUGCUCCAGGGGUCACACACACAGGGCUUGUGCCUCUGGGGCACUCAGGUGACAAAUCUGUCCCCUCUGGGUGCCUGCUGCCCACCCCUCCUGUGCUGGACCUGAUGGACCCAGCCUGGCCAGCAUCCUGGUCGCUCUCCUGAGCAUUUCCACCACCACCACCCCCCCAGUUUGGAGCAGCUCUGCUCCUUUUCACUCUCCAGGUGUUUAAGAGUUUGCUGUCUGAACAGGAGGUUUGAUUUUCAAGACUCUACAAAGUGGAUUUUUUUUGCAAAGAUUUCACUUCCUAGUUCUUUCAAGUGUCCACAGAGAGUCAUCAUAUGGAUUUGAAAACCCAGGGGGAAAGGUUCUGUGUUUUCCCACCCUGCUGUGUCCACCAGCAGGGGAAAACCAUCCAGAGCGUGGGUAUCCAGUGCUGUGCUGUUGGUGAUUUCUGAGGUUUCAUCUCCUGGGAAGGGCUGCCUGGGAGUUUGUUGUUCUUCUGUUUAUGAGAGACAACGGCAAAACAAUGAGACAACAGCAAAACAAUGAGACAAGGGCAAAACAAUGAGACAUCUGCCACCAGGAGUGGCCUCACGGAGCUGUCACCUCCACAUCGUGGCCUGAGCUCGUUGCUCGAGAGGAGCUGAGCCAAACUGGCCAGAGAAUGGGAUCUGGCUCCGGGCUGUCCCUGUUCCCUCUGUGCCUGUGUGUCCCCAGGGGGAGCAGGGACUGUGUGCACGCCCUGAGCACGGGGAUCUGAGGGAUCUGAGGGAUCUGAGGUGUCUGUGCACGGCCAGCAAUCCUGCAGCUGUGUCCUGGCCAGGAGCCACAGCCUGCGGGGAGGAUGUGGGAGCAGAGGGGACAAUGCCCCCGUGUCCAGCCUGUGGCUGCUCCUCCCUGGCAGUGUGGGAUUGCUCUGCCCCAUCCCAGCUGCUCCCCCGAGGUCCCUCCCUUGGCAGCCCGGCCUGCCCAGCUGGGGCACAGGGACUCGCAGUGCCCUGUGCUGGGGAGGGAGCUGCUCUGCCUCGGGCUCCCUGCUCCCCCUGGGAUAAUGGGAGCAGACCCAGCCCCACCUCCCUGAGCUGGGGUUUCCCAGGGGAUGGAGGUGGGGACAGGUCACAGGAGGGUGCAGACUGGGGCUGGGAACUCUCCCACACCCUGCAGACCCCGUUCUGCUCACACUGGGGGAGAGGCCGUGGUUGUGCUCUCAUGGACUUGCACCAAGCCCAAGCCAAAGCUGCUGCCUCCUGACUUCUGACCACUGAAGCCAUUCCGUUGCCCCCCGAGGGUUCCCACCAUUUUUGGAAGGAUGAUUUUAUGCUCAAAACUCGAUUCUGUUCCUGCUUUCACUGGGGACUCGUUCUCAGCUUCAGAACUGCUCUGAUAACUCUGCAAUUGCGUUGACAGUUCCAGAGGGGAGCACGGUCCCUUCACAGAACAGAUGGAGACACAUUUUCAGGACCAUUCAACUUUGCUGUAACUCCCUGUUUGUUAUAACAAUUCCUUCUGCUGUAACAGGGAGAGCAAAAUUUGGCCAGUGCUCUUGAAAAACCUGUAGUCCUGAACUUGGAUAAAAUUAGCCUGGAAUCCAAGUCCUCCCAGAUCCAAAAUGCCUUCCACUCCUGCUGGCUUCAGUGGCACUGGGGAUUUUGGCAGCUUGCACAGCAACAGCAGCAGCAAUUUCAGAAUAUUUUUGCGUGUGUCAAUCUGCGCUUGCACGUGCCUGCAAUGCAUGGCUCCAGCAAUCCCUGGGAAAUCUCCCCUUUCCCAGGAAAAUCCCAGCUCCAGCUUCUUCCAUGUGGCCAUGUGUGCUCAGCAGGAGUCAGGGGAGAGGGAGAAAGCUGCUGCUUUAAAGCACUUGGGUCCAGAGGUGAAACAGAAUUUAGGAGAGGUCAAAAUCAGCUUGGUUUAGCCCAGGGAAACUCGUGGCAUAUCCAAGCAUUGCCAUGCAGAUUCACCUUUGUUUUUUUUUUCCUGCUGGGAAAAUGAAGCAGAUUGGCAAUUCCUGGCCUCCACCCCUGCAGAUGUUUGGCUGUGUUGGAAAUUUGAGCCCUGGAAUUACAGGAAUAAAACCCCAAGAGGUUGUGAGCUCAGGUCUGAGCAGUGGCAGCACCUCACUGCCAGGGCUGCUGCUCUCCUGCCUCACUCAUCCGCAUCCUACCUGGCCAGAUUUUGGGGAGGGAAGAGGGAGGAAGCGCCUCAGAGUGAGCAAAUCAAACCUGUGAGGCUGGCCCUGAGAGUUCCUGGUGUACCAGGAGCUGUAGGCUGAAGUUCUGCAGCUCUUCCUCAUUGCAGUGGAGAGGAAUUGGGCAAGGCUCUUGUAUCCAAAGCUUUCAGAGCUGUUCUGGAGCUGUGGUAAAGCAAGAACUGAGAUGCAGGGCAGCUCUCUGCAGGGCUGGUGCAGAAAUCUGGCAGGGAAAAACACCAGGCACAGUAUUUUCCUUCCAGGGGCAUCCUUAAUACCUGGAAAAUUGAAAGGCUAAAUACUGGAAAAGUUGGUCUAAGAGAGGAACUAAUUCAGGGCUUCUUUUUGCUGCUUUGUUUUCAUGUGUUGGUUUUGGGGUGGGGAAAGCAAACAGAGAGCAAGCAGCCAGUGUAUCAAAUUUGGAUUAAAUCAAAGUUUUUGUUCCUACAAUAACUGCUGCGGAGAUUUUUAAAAUUUAUCAAGGGCAACAAAACAGCCUUAAUUAGCUGAGACAUUAAUGCUCCUUGCUUCUGAGCCUGCUUUUUUGUUCUCCUCUCCGUGUGACCGUGGCAUGGAACCCUGUCUUAACAAAAGCCACUUCCCAGCAGCCCAGAGGAUGCUCAGGAACAGGAGAUGGGGUUGGAGAAUCUCCCUGCGAGUGAGAUUCAGUGCAAAAUCCCCGCUUUGCUAAAACCCUACAAGAUAGGCGAAUCCCCACAGUUCCCAAGGUUGAAUUCCCAUGCUCUGCUGCCUCGAAAUGCCUUUAACAACCCCGGGCUGUGUGUGCUUUGUGAGCAGUGUGCAGCUUUUCCAGAGUGCACACAGAAUUCCCCAGGCAGAGGAUGAGCAGAGCACGAUGACUUUCAGCCGGGACUCAUCGCUUUUUCGAUUGCACAGAGUUAAAAACACCACUUCUGCCAGCUGCCCGGGGAAUUUGAUAUUCAGUGCCAAUUAAUUUUUGUAAUAGGAGCAGGGAUUUAUCCCCUUGGCUCCCCCAGGCACCUUCAGUCUCAGACUCAAAGCUUGGGUUGGAGUCUUUCAUCUUCCAGUGGCCUUUUCCUGAAGAGCAGCGGUGCCACGGUGAGGACGGGGACUGGGCUGGCGAAGGUGGCAGCUUUGGGGCAGGCAACUCCCAAAUUUUCCAUUGUAAACCCUUCAGAUGUGGGUAAAUCCUGCUGGGCUGGCUGGGGCUCCAGGCCCUGGCCGCUCCCUGCUCCCUUCACACCCUCACGUCGCUGUGCCUUCAUCCGCUCGAGGAAACGAUGCCAAGAUUUGAGCCUGGCACUCUCCCUUUGCAUCCCAUCCCCAGGCGUGUGUGGGGCAGGGGGAGCUCCUUUUGUAGCUGCUUUUUUGUGUGAUCCCAGGGCAGGUUUGUGCAGGGGUGGGGUGACCUGAGCUAUGUGUGAUCCUACCAGUGCUUUAAGCAGCCAGAAACGUGGUUCUUCCCCUACCUCCGAGCUCUCAAUGCUGCUAAAAUCUCUGCCAUUCGUCCCCCGUGCUCCAGCCCCUCUCUCAGACUGGCUCUGGCUCUGUUUGCAAGAUAUCCACGUUGUUCUGAAGCAUGCACCUCUCUCUGUAUAGUCCCAAUCUUCUGAUUUUAUGGAAUACUUAUGCCUGUUUGCAUUACGGUCAAAAUAAAAAAGUGAACUAAAA